CCCGGCCCGAGCCGAGUCGUGCGCCGCGCCCGCCGCCCCCGCGCGCCGUGACUCCCCGGGCGCGCCCCGCUCGUAGUCGGGCCACGCCGCCGCCCGCCACUGCAGCACCGAGGGGGCGGGGGACCGCAGCGAGCAAGCCCGGAGCCGCCCGCCCGCCCCUCCUCCCGCCGCCGCCACGCUCGGCGGAGCCUCCACUCCGCGCGCUGCGGGAGCGAGUAGCAGACGGAGGCGGCCCCGGGGAGCGCGCCCGAGCGACGCCCGCCAGGCGGCGGCUGCAGCGCGGACAGUGCCCAGGGCGAAAGGGGGUCCCCGCCGGCCAAAGCGUUCUGUUUUGAAGCCGAAGCAGAUGAGGCUGUGAGUGCUGACCCAUUGGCCCGCCCCUGAAUAAGCUCUGUCUUCUCGUCAGCCAUCUGCAGAGGGAAGAUGGAAGACUCUUACAAGGACAGGACUUCCCUGAUGAAGGGUGCCAAGGACAUUGCCCGAGAGGUGAAGAAACAAACAGUCAAGAAGGUGAACAAAGCCGUGGACCGGGCCCAGGACGAAUACACCCAGAGGUCCUACAGCCGGUUCCAGGAUGAGGAAGACGACGAUGACUAUUACCCUCCCGGAGAAACCUACGACGGGGAGGCUCACGACGAUGAAGGCUCCAGCGAAGCCACCGAGGGUCAUGAUGAGGACGAUGAGAUCUAUGAGGGCGAGUAUCAAGGCAUCCCCAGUAUGAACCAGGCCAAAGAUGGCACCGUGAUGGUGGAGCAGCCCAAGAGCGAGAAGUUCAAGGACCGCCGGGACCUGGAGUCAGAGAGGAGAGCCGACGAGGAGGAGCUCGCCCAGCAGUACGAGCUCAUCAUCCAGGAGUGUGGCCACGGGCGCUUCCAGUGGGCCCUUUUCUUCGUCCUGGGCAUGGCGCUCAUGGCAGACGGCGUGGAGGUGUUUGUCGUGGGCUUUGUGUUGCCCAGCGCUGAGACAGACCUGUGCAUACCCAAUUCUGGCUCUGGAUGGCUUGGAAGCAUAGUGUACCUCGGGAUGAUGGUGGGGGCGUUCUUCUGGGGCGGCCUGGCAGACAAAGUGGGAAGGAAACAGUCUCUUCUGAUUUGCAUGUCUGUCAACGGAUUCUUUGCCUUCCUUUCUUCGUUUGUCCAAGGCUAUGGCUUCUUUCUCUUCUGUCGCUUACUUUCUGGAUUCGGGAUUGGAGGAGCCAUUCCCACCGUGUUCUCCUACUUUGCCGAAGUGCUGGCCCGAGAGAAGCGGGGAGAGCAUCUCAGCUGGCUCUGCAUGUUCUGGAUGAUCGGCGGCAUCUACGCCUCUGCCAUGGCCUGGGCCAUCAUCCCGCACUACGGGUGGAGCUUCAGCAUGGGCUCAGCCUACCAGUUCCACAGUUGGCGUGUGUUCGUGAUCGUCUGCGCUCUCCCCUGUGUCUCCUCCGUGGUGGCCCUCACGUUCAUGCCUGAAAGCCCACGCUUCUUAUUGGAGGUUGGAAAACAUGAUGAGGCUUGGAUGAUUCUGAAAUUAAUUCAUGAUACAAACAUGAGAGCACGGGGUCAGCCUGAGAAGGUCUUCACAGUAAACAGAAUUAAAACCCCUAAACAAAUAGAUGAACUGAUUGAAAUUGAGAGUGACACUGGAACUUGGUACAGGAGGUGUUUUGUUCGGAUCCGAACGGAACUGUACGGAAUUUGGCUGACUUUCAUGAGAUGUUUUAACUACCCUGUCAGGGAAAAUACAAUCAAGCUCACAAUUGUUUGGUUCACUCUGUCCUUCGGGUACUAUGGACUGUCUGUAUGGUUCCCUGAUGUCAUUAAACAUCUGCAGUCGGAUGAAUAUGCAUCAUUAAUUAGAAAGGUGCAGAGAGAGAAAUAUGCAAAUUUCAGUAUUAACUUUACAAUGGAAAAUCAGAUUCAUACUGGAGUGGAAUACGACAACGGCAGAUUCCUUGGGGUCAAGUUCAAAUCCGUCACUUUCAAGGACUCUGUGUUUAAGGCCUGCACCUUUGAAGAUGUGACUUCACUCAAUACCUACUUCAGGAACUGCACUUUUAUUGACACUGUGUUUGACAACACAGAUUUUGAGCCAUAUAAAUUCAUUGACAGUGAGUUUCAAAACUGCUCAUUUUUUCACAAUAAAACCGGAUGCCAGAUCACUUUCGAUGAUGACUACAGUGCCUACUGGAUCUAUUUUGUCAACUUCCUGGGGACAUUGGCCGUGUUACCAGGGAACAUCGUGUCUGCUCUCCUGAUGGACAGAAUCGGGCGUUUGACCAUGCUAGGGGGUUCUAUGGUGCUCUCAGGGAUCAGCUGUUUCUUCCUUUGGUUCGGCACCAGCGAGUCCAUGAUGAUCGGCAUGCUGUGUCUGUACAACGGAUUGACUAUCUCAGCCUGGAACUCUCUUGAUGUGGUCACUGUGGAAUUGUACCCCACUGACCGGAGAGCGACAGGCUUUGGGUUCUUGAAUGCCCUCUGCAAAGCGGCGGCCGUCCUGGGAAACUUAAUUUUCGGCUCCCUGGUGGGCAUCACCAAGGCCAUCCCCAUCCUGCUGGCCUCCACUGUGCUCGUGUGUGGAGGGCUGGUGGGGCUGCGCCUGCCCGACACACGGACCCAGGUCCUGAUGUGACGCGGCCCAGCCCUGGCCCGUGUCAGCUCCCUGGCGGACAGACUCGAGGCUUCCGGUUCCCCAGAUGACCAAGGUGGCUCCAUACCAGAACACUCCUCACUCCCGCUGUGACUGAACCGUAGAUGCACCCUGCCGUGUGAUCUUGCACAGUUUUCUUUUGUUUCUGUUCGUUGAUGCAUUUGUUGUUAUCUUUCCUAACGGGGACGCUACUGCCUACCAAAAGCCCGUGGAAGCCCUUUUUCUGACACCCUAAGUCAGCCAGGCCUCCCUGAGGUUCUGCUUGUGGACGGGCCAGGAGCCAAGAAGAGGAUCGUGUUGCUGUAAGAAUGAGACCCCACUCCCCAUCCAGCCCUCACAGGAUAUGGAAGUUGGCACGUGAUGCCCUUUGUGCUGAGGAGAGAGUUUUCGUUUUCCCUCCAACAGAGCGAUGUUUCCUGUUUACUUAGCAAAGGACUUCCAGCAGUGCUCGCUGUGACAGCAGGACCUUCCAGAGAAAUCCCCAGGGCACCACGCAGGGCUGAGCAAGGCACUUCCAGGCACCCAUGUCAUGGUUAAGGGGACUCUGCAGAUGAGGGAAUAAAAGGCUCUGCAGUGAGCGGCCCAGGUCUGCAGGGGUUCUCAGGGGCCCAGUGAAAUGUCCAGAAAAUUGGAGGGCAAGGGGCGGUGGGAGCUUCUGUGACAUGGGGUGUGUGUGUGUGUGUGUGUGUGUGUGUGUGUGUGUGUAUGUGUGUGUGUGUGUGUGUGUGUGUUUCAACAUUUUAGGAAAUCAGAGAUCAAAGUGGGGAAGGUAGAGAGAGGGAAGGAGGGAGGAGAGAGGUGGGGGAAAGAGAGAGAGAGAGAGAGAGAGAGAGAGAGAGAGAGAGAGAGAGCCCUUCUACCUGCAUUUCCCCACCCUUGCCCCUCUCCCCUACUCCACUGUGUGUGUGUGGGUCUUGCUAGAUUCAGGCAGAGAAAAUGCUCCGUUGUUCCAUGUGGGUCAACCUCCCGGAUUCUGCCAUUUAUCCAGACUGUCACCAGUCUUGAGAUCGUCCAGGUGGUGAGUUCCAAACUCAGAAGAAAGUCACCCUGUAGGGACUAGAGAGACAGUGUCGGGGGGCGAGGCCUGCGGUCUGUGACCAAUGCCCGGGGCCAUCUUGGCUGACACCACAUGGUCCCCCAGCCCCGAAAGUCGUGCAGCCCGUGAGCCAUUUGGAAUGCAAACCAUAUCAUUCAGGGACACUUCUCUGUGUGCCUGUGGGUCACUGACUUUCUCGCUGCUCUCUUGGGCCCUCUUUUCCUGCUUCUGGCUGUGUGUCCUCAGUGCAGCUCUUCGUGCCCCGUUCUUAGCACCAUCAGAAAUCCUGGGGGGGCGUGAGAAGCUUCUAGGCACGGGCAGCCUGAGCAGGAGGUUAUUUGGCACCUUUUUUUAACUCUGGAAUUGGCCUGCUUGGAGAGAGGUCGGCCAGGUGUCCCAGGGCUGUGGACACGGUGACCUCCCACCUCCCAGCUGCCCCGCCCCCAGCACGUUCUUCUCUAGCCUCUACUUUGAAGUCAGCCGCCUCUGUGCUGACUGGCAGCCACCCGGAGUAAGGUCCAUAAUUUAAACAAUCUUCCAGUUUGAACUCUUGGCCUCUUGUAUGUAGUUUUCCUUAUUCCUUGGUAUAGGCGUGUCCAGCAGGACAUGGCUCUGGGGCCUUCUGGAGGGAAGGGAGAGCCCUUGUCCUUCACUUAUUUUAGUCAAAGAUGCUUUAACCCUAGAGCCCCGUCUCCACCCAAUUGAGCUCCAAAAGCAGUUCGAACCACCCUGAAAAGCUUCUUUUAGUAAAAUAUAAGGCAAAAUAAUUAGGUCUAUAACAGAUUGGCGGGGGGAGCGCAGUCUGUUGAUGGACGGUGAUAGGAGAGGGAGUACGGGCUCAUCAGGAAAAUCAAACUGCAGAGAUGGCAGGAAGAAAGCAAAUCAGUAAGGACUCCACACAAUUAAUUAGAAUGAUAACAGCAAAGCAAGACAAGGAACAAAUUUUACACUCAGACCAGCCCUUGGUAAUAUGACUAGUGGGCAAAGUCGGCAAACAACCCAGAAAAGUAACCCAGUGAUUCUCCCGAAUGCCACAUCCUUUCCCCCAUCUGCCCUUUGAUUUAUCUUCUUCAAAAACCUGAACUUGGGGGUCAGAGCAAUAGUACAGUGGAUAGAAUGUUUGCCUUACAUGUGGCCUGACUGGAGUUUGAUCCCCAGCAUCCCAUAUGGUCUCCCCAGCACCACCAGGAGUAAUUCCUGAGUGCAGAGCCAGGACUAACCCCUGAGCAUCGCUAGGUGUAACCCCCCCCCCAAAAAAAAACACCCUGGACUUGUUGGGGCCUGAACAAGCAAUAGUACAGCAGGUAAGGCACUUGCCUUGCAUGCAGUCAACUUUGGUUCAAUCCCCAGCAUCCCAUAUGGUCCCCCCACACACCUCCAGGGGUUAUUCCUGAGUUCAGAGCUAGGAGUAACCCCUGAACAUCACCUGGUGGGCCCCACCCCUUAAUAAGAUGGACUUGGGGAACCUGAGCUGUGUAACUGACAGUAAUAGACAGAGUCACUCCCCCAAAGCUGGAUGUAGCUCCAUCAGGAAGGCAGAAACACGCACGGAUAUUGUUGUCUCUGGCCUCCCGUGAUGGGUCCGUUGGCUUUGAGAAACAUCUGUAGAAAUUUAGAAAUGUGUAUUCUGGGCCUAAGUGCAUAAACUCUCCACUGGGUGGUGGGACACCACUGAGGCAGAAUUUCAUGCGCACCCUGGCUUGGGGUGAGACUAGGACAUGACUGCAGAGACGCACUUCAUGAGCUCUGCCACCACCGCGCGUCCCCUGCAGACGCACCUUGCUUGACCUUGGUCGCUCCCCAUCCACGCCUCCCGGGUGGCCCAAGAAGGAUCUCUUCUAAUCUCCUGGACGGUCUGUGGUCACAAACCCUUCUUGGUCGUCACCUCUCCCCCAUCACAUCUUCCUGCCUCCCUCUCACCGUUCCCCUCCCCUUGCCUCUCCUCUGCUACAGCUCAAGUUGUUUCCCAGAAUAGGUGCUGCGGCCAGCUGGCUUGCUCUGGGCUGGAGCUGACCGGGCACUGCAGCAGGAGCUCCCGGCUCUGUUGGUAACGCGGCGGCUGGCACUCAGGCAUGCGCCCAGCAGCUCGCUUAUCUGCAGGAGGGGGAAAGUGAGAGGGUGUGUGAAAGUGAAAGCCUAGGAAACAAUCCCACUUGUUCCUCUAUUUCUAACUCCUUUUCUGUCUAAAACUUCCUUGUACUUCUUUGGAAUCAGUCCAGAAUGCGCCCAGAUCCUAUUAUUAUCUCGGCGUCUCCUCCAUAGGAAGGAAAAAACAGCUGCUCCACCCUGUAAAUCCUGUCAAGUCUUACCCCCAACUCACAUACAAUCCUGCUGCCAAACUACCCCACGCCCCCUCCCCACCCCACCCACAAGCCCCUCUUCAACCCCACAUCUGACCCUGAAUGAUAAGAGAAAAGAUCCUAGCCCAGGCUCCCACACUGAGUCACAGAAGACCAAGAUCAGACUAGAUGCAGGACCUACAUCCCUGAAUGUCUGGCCUCAGUUUCCCCAUCAGCAAAAAUAAAGGAGUGAGACUAACUUGCUCCUGGAGCUGUAGCAGGCAGAUCACUCCAUUUCAUCGUCUAUCUUCUAAGGCUAAACUAUCUUUCUUAACACUGAAGUAGGAGUGGUUGAUUCUCUGAAAAGUUAGGACUUCGAAAUCCUGAAGGAGCUUAGGCAGCUAUUUGGAAAGCCCUGUGGAGAAGGUGGAGACCAUCUCCGGCAUCUUGUCUGUGCUCUCAGGCCCCUGAGCAGGGUCCGGGAAUAGGCUCCUGAGCCUCUCCGCUCCCUGGGACUCUCAGCCUCCACUAGCUCUUCCCCACUCCCUGCUUCGUUUUGUUCUUGGGUAGACCUGGACCUUCCCAGCAGGUCCUUCCGCAGCUCCCCCUGAGGGGGCCCGUGAACCUCUAUUUGUAGAUCUCACCACAUCAGGCUGCAGCUUCGCAUCCACAGCUGUUGAGCGCCUGCUUUUCUGGAUACCUUGAGAACCCAAGGGAGAGGUAGCAACUGAAAUGCUGGGAGUGACCAAAAAAUGAGAGUCUAAGAUGUCAUUGAAAAGGUUCCAGAGGAGAGAUUAAGGCACAGUUGAGACUUUCUAAUCCCUGGGAUCAUUUCAAAAACAUUCCACAGAAUACCUUCAAAUUCCCCCUGCCAACCAAAAUAGAAUAUGAUACUCUCCACUCUUCCUGCUCAAUACCAAAAUGGCUUUUACCUAUGUCUUCAAUAAGCCGCCACACCUGCUCAUGCUCUGAAGCCAGAAAUGUCUGUAUUUGACCUUGUCCUGGUUUCACAGAACAACAAACUGGCUGGUAAGGGGCUGACUAGCUACUCAGUUUUCCCCUUAACUCUCAUAUCAUGCUAAACAGCCCAGUUUGUAAAACAUCCUUAUGCAACAUGGAAAAAAGGAAAAACUGAGCAGUGCACUGUUUUUGGUGGGUUUUUUUGGAGGGGCGGGGUAGGGAUCGGGGGUUGUUUGUUUUAUUUUUAUUUCGGAGCCACACCUUGCAAAACUCAGGGAUCACUCCUGUUGGGGCCCAAAGGAUCAUAUGCAGUGCCAGGAAAGAGUAGCGCACUCUGAAAUGGAGUAUAUAUUUCUUCCAGCUUAGUUUCCACCAAGCCAAGUAUGCUUAAGUGAAGCUUUUUUUAAAAUCUCCAAAGUGUAGCAGAGUAGCGCAGCGGAAGCGUGCUGGGCCCAUAAAAUCUCCAAAGUGUGUAUAAAAAGACCAGAGAGAUAGUACGGCAGGGAAGGCACUUGCCUUGCAUGCUGCUGACCCAAGUUUGAUCCCUGAUGUCUCAUGUAAUCCCCUGAGCACUGCCAGGAGUGAUCCCUGAGUGCAGAGCCAGGGGCAAGUGCUGAGUACUGCCUGGUGUGGCCCCAAAAUAAGUGAGGGAGGGAGGAAAGGAGGAUGGAAGGAAGGAGGGAGGGAGGGAAGGAAGGAAGGAAAUAUGGAAGGAAGGGAAGGAGGGAAGGAAGGAAGGAACCAAGGAAGGGAAGGAAGGAGGGAAGGAAAGGAAGGAAGGAAGGAAGGAAGGAAGGAAGGAAGGAAGGAAGGAAGGAAGGAAGGAAGGAAGGAAGGAAGGAAGGAAGGAAGGAAGGAAGGAAGGAAGGAAGGAAGGAAGGGUGGGUAUGCAAAAAAAAAUGGUCAGGACCCCCCUAAGGUAUUGUGCCUUUGUUUUGGUGAAGAGUUUAUGUUUCUGUCAUGUCUCUUUGCUCUAUUGGCUCUUCUUUGGGUCAGCCUUGUCUGUAGAAUACCUGCCUUGCAUGCAUGAGGCCCUGGGUUCACUUCCUGGCACCAUCAAUAAAAUUAACUGAAAAAUAAGAAACUAUCGGCCAUUCCUCCUAUCAGCAGUGUCUCAUCAAGGAAACACCACAUUGCCAGGACUUUCCUGGGUCUCUUCCCACACUGUAUCCAGAUCCAGGGUAGCAAGUCCUGGAUUUUGUGUAUACAAAUUUAUAGUUCAUGGGGCUAUGCCAGCUCUUGUCCAAGGCUGGCAGGGAUAGGUGGAGAAAGUGCUGGAUGGAAACCCUUUGGCGCCUGUCAUUUCAGGUGGUGAUUAAAUAUUUACUGAGCACUUCCCAGGUGUUAGCUGGAGAGUAUCCUGGGUCUAGUUAACCCCCUGUGGGACCUAAAUGAGGGCAGGGAAAAGAGGGGAAAGAAAGAGAGAAGACAGGUGGGGGUGGGGGCAGAUGACCUGUUGAAGCUCUCCCUCCUCCCAUAAACACAGGGGUUUUUUUGUUUUUGUUUUUGUUUUUUCACAAAUAUAAAAGAGUCACUUGCUGGCAGCAGGCCAAGCAGUACCACCUGCCCUGGAACUGGGUAUAUCUUUGAUGGAAUGAAAGUUGUCCUCAAAUGCCAGCCCAGUUGGAGGGAGUCCUAAGUAACACUUGAAAAAGAAAAAAAAAAAUGAGGGAAAAGGGAGCACUACUAGGCUCUGACUUUAAAUGUCUCCGCAGGAAAUCCUACCCAGGUAUUCUCCACGGGGAAGAAUAGCAGCAAAAAGCCUUGUGCGGAUGCAGCUGAGCUGUUCUCUAGGAUAGUCUAGCUCCCGCCUUGGUUUUUCACUGAAAGGCAGGACCCCCCAGGCAGAAGAGAAGGGUGUGGUUCCGGGACCCAAGCCUCAGCCUCCCAGGCUGUUUCCUUCUGAUUUGAAGCACCUCAGCAAGGCUGUCUGCAGAUUCUCGCCUUGCAGCCUCCACAGAUAACCCGGCCGAGACCUGGUCUGGCAGAUGGUGAGGUCCAGUUUAGAGCCAGUGCAAGGGGUGUUGCAAAGGCUCUGGAAGGCAUGGAGAAACUGGGUGGCCCCGGAGUGGGGUGGUCCUCGCUCCCCUGACAAUCUCACUUUUAUCCCCACCAGCUCUUUCCCCCCUCUCUUUCCUGAGCACCACAGGCUUCUUUGUCUUUCCCCUCCCCCUUUCUGCCACCUCAUGACUAGCCAUGCUCAAAACCAAGGCCCUCGGGCUGUGAGCCCUAGCACAGUGGAGCAGGGGCACCCACAGGCUGAGAAUCGCUGCUCUCUCUCUCAGCAAUUGUAACUGCCAAGAUGGUGCACAGACAGUGCCAGGUUUGGGGAGUGAGAGGUUGGGACGCUGCUGCAGAUUAGACAGUUAAGACACCUGUUGCAGGUGAGAUUACCUGCUCCUCCUUGGCCCUUGGGGUUGUUGGGCAGGGCAGCUGGGACACACAUCUGACAUGGGAGAGGGAGCCAGUGAAAGAGCUGAGUAGACUGGGGCGCAUGCCCAGCGUGCUUGAGGUUCUAGCCCAAGUCCACCAUGGCCCUUGAGCACUGGUCAGUGUAGUCCUGGUGGCUCUCCGCACCAUAGGCCGCCAAGCACCUCAUCCUUGGACCCUGAGAGUGGAGCUGUUCAGCUUGGUGGGCUGAGUAUCUACAGGAGGGGCCCUACUGAGCCUUGCUUAGGAGCAUCCGCUUCCCCCACCAGUAAAAAUUUUUAAGUCUGGGGCCAGAGUGAUAGCAGAGCGGUUAGGGCACUUGCUUUGCAUGCAGCUGACCCAGGUUCAAUCCCCAGUGCUCCAUAUGGUUCCUCCAAGCCAUUCCAGGAGUAAUCCCUGAGUGCAGAGCCAAGAGGAAGCCCUAGACACAGCCAGGUGUGGCACCUUCUCCCCUACACACACACACACACACACACACACACACACACACACACACACACACACACACACAUUAAAAAUAAAAAUCUGAGGAGGCCCAGAGGUCAAUGACACUCAGCAUUUGAGCCAAAAGAGGAAGAAGGCACUAGUGAGGUGCUGCAGGAAGUAGACACUUUCCCUUAUCUGCCGGGGCUCCUGCUGGUGUUGAAGGCUGGGGCCUUUCGUUCCCAGUUGGGCUGGAGGGAUAGUACAGCGGUUAAGGCAUUUGGUUUGUGUACAAUCCCAGUUCAAUCUUCCACAUGGCAUAUGGUCCCCUGAGCACUGCAAACUGUGACUCCUGAGCACAGACAAAGCCAGGAGUUGUCCCUGAGUACCACCAAGUGUGCUCCAAAUCCCCCCAAUGACAAAUGCUGAAAUGGCAGAGGUGGCACCCUGGUGGCCCACCCUACCACAUUCACACUCCUUAAGGCCUGUGGAUUGCACAGAGCUAGGAGGAGAAAGCAGUCCCGCCCUCUGCUCAGAUCCAGGCAGGGCUCAGCGUUCAGCUAGUGACCCAACAAAGCAGCUUCCAGCUGCCUAGAGAGUGGUCAUCAGGUGGAGCUGGUCAUCAGUGCCCCAAAGGGCACAAACCAGUGGAGGAACAGUUGUCACUACUAGAAAUUUAGUGAUGUAAAUGUACAAUUACAUAAACUACAUUUUAACACUAAGGUUAUUACCAAAUGUUACUUGCUGGUUGCGUUUUCGUAUAGUCUGAGUCUUUGAGGUAAUAGAAAAUAUCCCUGUUCUUGUCUGUGUGGUUGAAAUGUGAUGAUGCCCGCCGUGCUCCUCCUGCGUCUGUGAGUGGCUUUGCAGUUAUUUGUAUAUUGCAAUCCAUGAUUGAGAUUUUGCACCCUGGAAAUUGUCAGAUACUACCAAUCCCAAACCUCUCCAUCUGGUUGCUAAUCAUUUGCCCGAAUGCCAUUACCCAAAGCCUUGAAUGAUGUCUGACAACCCUCCCCCCCCACCCCCGCAUGCACACACACACACACACACACACACACACACACACUGCAUAGAUCAAGGCCUCACCACAGGAAGCCCAAAGGAAAGAAAAACUUAGCAAGCUCAGCAUUGUGCCACUGAGAAGGUUGCUUUCGUGUCGGUAUGGAUUCAGCCCCGUCUGUGGUGCAGUGUCCUCCAAGUUCUGCAGCUAUUGUUCCCACCAGCAGAAUGAGUGGCAGAUGGGCCAUUUGAUGCUGUGCAAACAAUAGUAAACUUGUCUACAGUGUCUCCCCUCCACCCAUCAGGCAGGGAUCCAAAAAGGAAGGUCCUUCUUUGCCUGCCCCCAUAGACCUUACAAGGUCAAUCUCCUGUCCAACGCUACUGGGACACAUUUAUUGUUCUGAAUUUGAGUCCUAAAUCAGACAAAUGAGUCAGAGGCUGGAGGGGGUUCUUUCUUAAUAUGUGCAUUCAUAGUAUCAAUAGUGCAUUUGUGUAUCCUUAACCUGACCCAGAACAUCUUGAACAAAUCCUCUGUCCUUCCGCUGGUGUCGAGAAACUGUAAAUAAAGUCCUUGAAGAGUUUCCCCCCCACCCUCAGGUGCCCGACCAUCUUGGACACGUACAAAUCUUCCAUCCGUUCUCUGCUGUGAGAUUUUGGCAGCAGUACUGGCCCGGGUUUGGGCUUUUGGAUGCUUUGUUUGAUUCUGUCUUGAUUCUUUUCUGUUUCUACUGCUCUGUGAGACCUCCUGCUUUGAAUGUCCCAGUUACCCCACUUGUACUGUAUAUAUGUGCUGCAUGUGCGAACCCUAAUAAAUUCUGUUUCCGGUUUCUGGAGUUUCCAUCUUAAGUCCAGCUGGUCCUGUUGUGAAUUCAUCCUUCUGGUAUGCUCCUCUGUGUCUGAUUCCCGAUUGCCAAAACGUUUGACUAAGUGUGUUUUAGCAAAUGUCCCGAGACAGCCAUGCGUAUCCAUGGGAAAGGGCGUGCUCCGUGCGGGACGAGGUAUGUACAACUUCAGUCUGUCAAAUGUGGACAUGUGUAUACAUUUAUAUGCCAGAUUGCUAACUUCAUGUAACAGCUGCAAAGACAUUCAAUGUACAUCAGAUGAAUAAAAGAGCAUUUUUUGCUCCAUUAUAUUCAAAUAAAGAUUGCUGUGCAACUGA